GUAACAGGAAGAGACGUACUGCAAACAGGUUUGUCAUAAUAAAAAUUUGAAAAGUAAAUUGUAUUGACUAAAAAUAAAUUUCAGGAACAAUUUAUAUAAUUGUAAAUAGUGAUUUAUUAGGCUGUAACUCACGUUAUAUUGCUUGAUAGAGUUUCUUGGUUUGUUAUUGAGAAUCAAUUAUGUCUCGCUCGCUACGUCAAGUAGACCCAGAAGACGGCGUUGCAUUCAAAUACUACCGUAAAAAAGUGAACUUUACAACGGCAAAUGAAGACUGUAAAAUUUUGGGAUCACAUUUAGCUAUCAUAACAGACGAAAAUUCAUUUAAAGAAGUUGAAACUAACGUUAGCUCGCAUGUAGAAGAGUCCUACUGGUGGCUAGGACUACAGCGUAGAGCAGACGGUUGGAAAUGGCUGAACGAUGAAGAGUUGCAGUCCAACGUACUUGACUUCACCGGCGACACAGGAAUGACAAAUUGUGCUUCGCUGUUUAAGCCAGCCAGGAGUAAAAAAGUUUAUCUAUAUGACUAUAGCUGUAAUGACCAAAAUAUGUAUUUUAUCUGCCAAACUGACAACUCAGUUUCCGGGUCAAAGUCUUCAAAUCAUGGACCACUAAGUAGCGGUUCUAUAGUUGCCAUAUUACUUGGCAUUACAAUAUUGAUUUCACUGUUGAUUUACGUCAUAAUAAGGCGCUAUAAAAGGCGUAGAAGUUUGAGAAAUUCUCGGUGUCAUUUAAAUCAACAAAGGACGGAAGCAAUUCACCUAAAUCCAACCAAUAUUGCUAGUCAAAAACCUCGUCAAGAGGGCGAUUAUGCUACUAUUAAUGAUGAUCCUGGGUACGCAACAAUUGAUACCGUAAUUUACACUGAAGUUGUUGACGAAAACUACUGUGAUGAGGAACAAAACGGCGUUGAUCAAUCAGAAAUUCAAGCAACCUAUGCAAAGGUGAACAAAGAACGAAAAUCAUCUAAUAAUACAAAAUCAGAUACAGAUCUCAAGACAAAAAAUGAAGAGUCGCCUAAAAAUAUUUCAGAACAGUAUGCAAAAGUCACGAAGAGACAUUGAAAUUUUUAUACAGAUAUUUAUGAGGGUGACCGUACAUUUGAACACACGUACAUUUGAACCCAUGUGUAUAUCCGCGGGUUUAAUCUAUAUGCGGGUGCUAAAACCCAUGGGUUAGGGUUAGUAUGGAUUCAAAUAUCCGUAAAACCAAAAAAUUUUCUUAGGUUGUCGUGGGUUCAAAUGUACAUUGGUUCAAAUGGAAUGGAACCAUUUAUGAGCAUAUAUAUGUAUGCUUUUAAAAAUUGUUACGUUGUUAAGCUAUUGUUUAGUACAGCUGUUUCCAAUCUUUCCAGACCUCCUGAAGUAUGCGCACCAAGAUGGCGCACAACCUGAACUCAAGUUGUGUACCAGGUUAAGGUUCAGAUUGUGUGACAUCUUGGUGCGCAGACUUCGGGAGUACCAACAUUUUUAAUAUACAAGUGGUCUCCUUAUAGAAAAGAUUUUUCUCAUUAGACCAAUCAAAGUCAUACCUGAUGGCAAACACACAUUUUUACAUUCAUUCAAAAACCCAUCUCCGCCAUCUGGUCAACAAAUUGAAAGAAACUUGAGAACUUGUUGACUUGUUCAGAGUAAAGCACUGUUCUCGCAGUCGACUAUCCAGGUGGUGGCGCACCUCGACAAUAGCCUUGUUUUAUUUUUGACAUGGGGCGUGCAGUUGGCAAUCCAUCCUAUAACAACGGAAAAUUUGACUUUCUCAAAUACGCUUGUCGUAACUAUGAUGUGACAAUGAUUCACUUGAAAUACAGUUUAUUGAAUGUCAGGUUUACUGAAGAAAUGGCUACCAAAACCUUUACGAGAAUAUAAUCUAGAUCCUAGACAAAUCAUUCCCUGUGAAAAGUUGGUAAUCUUUUAGAUAAAUCUUGCUUGUUUUUACAUUGGUAUUUUUCCUAGGACUGCAAUAUUGUACUUUUAUGUUAUGUUGUACUUG